AUGACAAGAAGAUAUUGGAACAUAAAUUUGGAAGAGAUGAUGGAGGCAGGAGUUCAUUUUGGUCAUGGUACUAGGAAAUGGAAUCCUAAAAUGGCGCCUUAUAUUUCUGCAAAGCGUAAGGGUAUUCAUAUUACAAAUCUUACUAGAACUGCUCGUUUUUUAUCAGAAGCUUGUGAUUUAGUUUUUGACGCAGCAAGUAGGGGAAAACAAUUCUUAAUUGUUGGUACCAAAAAUAAAGCAGCUGAUUCAGUAGAGUGGGCUGCAAUAAGGGCCCGGUGUCAUUAUGUUAAUAAAAAAUGGCUUGGCGGUAUGUUAACGAAUUGGUCCACUACCGAAACAAGACUUCAUAAGUUCAGGGACUUGAGAAUGGAACAAAAAACAGGGAGACUCAACCGUCUCCCGAAAAGAGAUGCUGCUAUGUUGAAAAGACAAUUAUCUCGCUUGCAAACAUAUCUGGGCGGGAUUAAAUAUAUGACAGGGGUACCCGAUAUUGUAAUCAUCGUUGAUCAGCACGAAGAAUAUACGGCCCUGCGAGAGUGUAUUACUUUAGGAAUUCCAACAAUUUGUUUAACCGAUACAAAUUGUGACCCCGAUCUCGCAGAUAUUUCAAUUCCAGCGAAUGAUGACGCCAUAUCCUCAAUCCGAUUAAUUCUUAACAAAUUAGUAUUCGCAAUUUGUGAGGGUCGUUCUAGCUAUAUAAGAAAUCCUUGA